CAAGAGUCUCUGACCCUUCCUAUCUGCUGUUAUCGCACACGUUGGUCGAGCCUGUUCUCCCUGUGCUCUAUGAGGCUAUCUAUACAACGCACGUGGGUGAGUGGACCCAGAAGAGCCAAAAGAAGCCACGGAAGAAGGUGCUACAGAUCCAAAGUUCCAGCAAAAGACGGUUGUGUGUUUGGGCUGAAGAUCCGUCUGCUGUGAUGCCUCGACGGAGAGCCGCCCAGCCACCGUCCGGGUUGAACACGGGAGCCUCACUUGCACACUUACUUUGUCGCAUGUGGCCACGGGCACUCGAAGCUCAGUCCCACUCGCUGCCCAGGUCGGGCUAACAACAAGCCGAGGGCUGGAAAGCUUACACCCCUUUCCCCGCCUUCACAAUAUCUGGCAUUUGGGCUCAAGCCAAAGCCGCACUUUUGCCCCAUAAACGAGAAGGCGGGCUGCGGAGGCGGCGUUGUUGGUUCCGACGAUGCUAUCAACCUCAGUGCGGCGGAUAUUGGUCUCUUGGCAAACCUCGCAUGGCUUCCUCGGCCCAAUGCACCCUGUUGUCAUGUGUGUGGCCUUAAGUCCGAGAACAAGGCCAUCUCCGUCUUGAGAGUCCGCUCCUUAACGUCUCCCUUGUUGACGUGUCCCUCAUCCUCUGGACAAAGCGGGAUUCACCGCAUUUCGGCCUAUGGGAUGUGCAAGCUUUCUCUUCAUCCCGUCCAGCAUGGGCCACACAUCUCGUAUCUAUCCUAUCUACAUGUCACUCUACCUACCCGGGCGUGUCAGAUCAAGUGGCUGCGUGAUGGGAUCGCUUCUUGGCGUUUUGUUUUUCCGCACAUUGGGAGGGGGGCUACAGAUAUUAAUAUCAGCCUAUGCGACUCCUAAACGUGGCUUCCCGGCCGGCCAGGGGUCCCGCUCCAUCUCUUUCCAGCAGCCAUGUGCUUGCGAUCGUAUUUCCUCGGAGUCGCGGAUGAGGCGCCGCGCUCUUGGCCGAGAUGACGCUGCCUCCCGAGACAUGGUCACGGAGGGCAUGUCCGGCACAGAAUCUCCGACGUCGUCGACGUGAAUGGCCGGGGUUGUUGAUUGUGUCACGUCGGGUUGGUGGCAACUUCAAUGUGGCGAUUUCGCCGUGUUAGUCACUCGGCGCGAGCCCGGGUCGGACCGACUUUCAGCUCCUGUUCAAGAUGCGCCAUUUUUACUUGCUCAGCUCUGGACAUCCUAACUCGCUUGUCCUUGUAGGAAGAUGAUUAUUCAAUCCCGUUGCCGCUCUCCUACCUCUAUAUGCUACGCCCACACAAAGUGCCAAGGGCCUCACUAGCUUCAGACUUGGCACCGCCCGAAUCCAUUUGUGCGGCUCAGCGCCCGGCCGGCCUUUCGAAUCUCACAGUUGCAAGGUAUGUCAUAUUUUCGCGCCGCCUCCUGCCGCUUAUGGCCACCCAGGCAAUUAAGUCUGGAUCUCGUGACAGCUUCAUGUGCCCCUAGUACCUCGCUAGGACAGCAUACGAGCGUCAGCCGCCGAAGGAGUACAGUAGGCUGGAUGGGCGAGUUCACCGACACCAUACUGGCUGCGCCAUUCGUAUGGAAAGCGGAAGUUUGAUGGUGGUGUGAUUGGUUGACUCGUUCCUGGGACCAGACUGCAUCUUUGGUCAUGAUUACAUAUCUAAUUCGGCCAAGACACCAUAACGGCGACAAACCGCGCCAGCUCAAUAUAUGAUACGAAUUACCCAUCGUCACGCGAGCACUGCAACCUGGCAAAAUGUCUCAACAAGGGCCCGUCGGACUUGGCUCCGCUGAGGUUCUAGUUGAUACCGUCCUCGAGGUCCGCACGGGCAAGAUGCGGAGUUUCGAGGAAAUAAACGUGCAGACAGGGAUUUUCAAAACGCCACAUGAUGGCGCGAUGCACGUCGGAGAGAUGGGCAUCGAGGGCGACGAGCACGACUACACUUUCCACGGCGGCGUCGACAAGGCCGUCCAUGCCUGUGAGCGGGGGGUGAUCAGCCUUGGCGCCCAGUCCCGAGGACGUGGUUGCGCAUAGAUGGCUCUAUCUAUCUGACUCUGGGCCACAUGCGAGAAGCUGACGUCAAGGUACCGUCGCCAGAUUGCUCAGCGCACUACCCCAGCUGGCAGGCCGAGUUCCCAUCGGCGGCGGCGCUCUUCGCGCCGGGCGCGUUCGGGGAGAACCUGGUGCUGGGGCGCAUGAGCGAGCGCAGCGUCUGCAUCGGCGACGUGGUCGAGGUCGGGCCGGAGCUGCGGCUGCAGGUGUCGCUGCCGCGCCAGCCGUGCUUCAAGCUCAACCACCGGUUCCGCAUCAAGGACUUUGCCCCCAACACGUGGCGCCUCAGCCGCACCGGCUGGUACUACCGCGUGCUGCGGCCGGGCAGCGUCCGGGCCGGGGACGAGGUCCGGCUCGUGGAGCGCCGACAUCCGACCUGGACCAUCGAGCGCGUGCAGGAAUACUUGCACCGCGACCCGGGCAACGGGCCCAUGAACGAGGAGCUCGCCUCGAUCCCCGAGUUCGGCGACGAGUGCGCGGGCGCCUUCAGGCGGCGCGUGGCCAAGCAGAGGGCCAAGGAGCGCAGGGCCGAGACGGCGGCCGAGGAGGCCCUGCAGUGGCGCGAGUUCCGCAUCGUGGAGAAGAGGCGCCAGACGCCGCGCGUCGUGUCCUUCAUCCUGGAGGCGACCGAGCCGGUCGAGGACCCGGAGCUCGCUCCCGGGUCGCACGUCAAGCUCAGGCUGGGCAACGGGCUCGUGCGCAACUACUCGGUCGUGUCGGGCUCGCUCAACCGGUUCGAGCUGGGCGUCGCGCUCGCCGCCGACGGCCGCGGCGCGUCCCGGCACCUGCACGAGGCGGCGGCCGAGGGCGACGUGGUGGCGGUGGGGCGCUUCACGGCGGGCGUGCCGCGCGCGCCGUCGGCGAGCAACCACGUCUUCGUAGCCGGCGGCAUCGGCCUCACGGCCUUUUUGGCCCUCGUCGAGAAGAUGCGCGACGUCCACCUGAGCGCCACGCUGCACUACGCCGUCCGCUCGGCCGCCGCUGGCGACGUGCCGUUCCGCGACCGCGUCGACGCCCUCGCCGCGCGUGACGGCGCCCUCGUACUAUACGCGGCCGACGCCGGCCGCAGGCUCGACAUUGGAAAAAUCGUCGCCUCCCUGCCCUGGAACUCGCAGCUGUACUUUUGCGGCCCGCGCCGCAUGAUGGACGAGGCGCUGCGCGUGACGCGCGCCGCCGGCCUGGGCGGGCGCGAGGUGCACUUUGAGGCCUUUGAGGCCGACGCCUCGGGCGACCCGUUCGAGGCCGUGGUCGUCAAGAAGGCCGCCACUGCCAAGGGGGAGGAGGAGAAGGAGGUUACGCUACAGGUGGGUGCCGAGGAGACGUUGCUCGAGGUCAUGCAGAAGGAGUUUGGCGUCGACGCGGCGCCGUCGAGCUGCGAGGUCGGCAACUGCGGCACCUGCAAGAUACGACUCGUGGCAGGGCAGGUCGACCACCGCGGCACGGCCUUGACGGAGGACGAGAAGAAAGCUGCCGGGCACAUGCUGCCGUGCGUCAGCCGCGGCGUGGGCAGGAUCGUGGUCGAGAUCUGAGCCAUGACAUGACAAGGGGAGGAGGGGAAAAGUCCAAAACUUCCGGAUUAGGUAGCUUUCCCCAAGCGCCUAGAGGCUUGGCCGGGACGACGGAAUAUACGCCUCACAGUUGGGGUUUCCACCCUUUUCUUGGCCCGGGACUCGCGUCGGCACAGGCUCACUUGUUCGCCUCUGCUUGUGCUGUUAAGAGGACGCCUUUCCUCGCUAGUGGUCAUUGCUCUUUAGUGAUGCAUCGGCUAGCGGCCCCUGAUUCCCUGCUUCCGCUGCUGCUUAAAAUUCUUGUUUUUAUCUCUCAUAAUUCGUUACUCGCCACUUGACCACCGAUACAUAAUACACAGAUUCCUGAAAACCAAUACUCCAGCCAAAAUCCACGCUAUACUCCGCUAUGAAACUCCCUGAAUGCAAUGUCGGCGGGUGUGAGCCCUUUCUUCUUCUUUUCACCUUUUCACCUUUUAUCUCUUUUUUCUUUUUUCCCCCUCACUUGAGCUCAGUUCUUGUUGGGUAUCAUUCUUCUCAAACAAUCGAAGCAGCCUUGCCUGGCCGUCUGUCGCCGCCGACGUACAAGACGAUGGCGACGGAGCCGACGACGCACCAGAGUGAGAUGGCCCAGGUGUAGGUCGACCAGCCCACGCCCGAAACGAGGUAGCCGCCCAUGAGGCCGCCGCAGGUCUCCCCGAGCGCAUAAAAGGUGGUAAACAGUCCAUACUGUGAAGGUGAUCCCAAGUCAGCAAACCGAAUCGUGGAGGUGCGCCGUUUUGCGGGGUGAUGGACCGGCGGAUUAUACUCACAGCAGCCCCAUAGACUCCCUUUUUCCCCCACAUCCCCGGAUCUGCGGCCUCGGCGUCCUGGAUUGCGUAUGUGAUCUCGGCCAUCAGGGGCUGGAUUCACGACUAAGUUAGUCGGUGCUUUUUCUUCCUUAUUUUCAAUGACGCAUCCACUGGGAAGACUUACCGAGUCGGCCAUCCCCAUAGUGAUUCCCAGCACGGUUAGGAGCGCCAUUAGCGUGACCUUUGGGCCAGGGUGCUGUCGAUCUCGGCAAACCGCAGGCAGGCCAGGACCGGGAUGGAGAGCAGGAAGCCGAUAAACGAGGGCCACUUGGCGCCGUACUUGUCCGAAAUUGCGCCUAUCCUGCACGCCGCGGGAAAAAACGAUACACGUCAGAAAAUGGGCAAACGGCGGUGUUGGGGGUUUCGGAGAAAAGAGACAAGAAACUUACACCGGCGAUAACAGGCUCGGGAGCAUAGAUGCGAGCAGGACGAGCCCGGCCGCGGUCGAGUUCCAGCCGUACGUGUUCUUGACAAAGAGCGGCACGGUGACCUCGAGCGAGACGAUGACGGCCGCAUGCACGGCGACGCCGGCCAGGGUGGCGAGCAUGCGCGGGGACUUGAUGAGGCGGACGUAGCGGUGGUUCGCCAGCCCCCCCUUGGGCGCGGCGUCCAGCUGGGCCGGGGCCGCCGCCGCUGUGGUGGCCGCGACCACGAUCUUCUUCUCCUGCUCGCCGGCCGCGUCGGGGGCGGACGAGGUGCCCGAGUCGGACUGCGAGCCGGCGGAAUCCUCAACGACCUCGGGCAGCCACUGGGCCGCGUGGCGCUUCUCGAUCAUGAGCAGGCGGAGCACAAUGUCCAAGACGAUCAGGGCGAAGGGGACCGAGUAGACCGAGUAGUAGCCGUGGGUCUCGUACAGGACGCCGACGAUGAGGGGCGAGACGAGCAGGCCGCCCGACAGGGCGAUGCUGAUGUAGUCCAUGAAGAGGCCGAUGCUGGGGCCGGCCGUGUCGUGCUUGCUACAACAUACCUGGCGCUGACUCUCGGGCUCGCCCGUCUGCGCUGACAAGGCCAAGGGGAUGACAGGUAGGAUGAGGCCGUAGAGGAAUGAGUCGACAAAAACGGCCAGCACGACGGUGACGAGGAUGAUGAUGGCCGGCUUGGCGUGAUGUGAUGGGGUUUCGUCUUUCCGGCCUGCGACUGGGAGAGCGGCAGGCGUCCCUUAUACGUGGUGAUGUAUUCCGACAUCAAGCUGCGGCAUGGCCGGUUACAGAGGCAAUAAUCACACCAAUACUGGCUGACUAGCCGGCGCUCGUAGUCAUCAAGCCAUAGACGGCAGCUGGCGCGCAUGGCCUGCGCCCUCGGGCGCCGAGAUAGCAUCGCCUGGACGAGGUCGGCGGCACCUCGAGGCCAGUCCCAUGUCGAGGCCCAGCCUGACACGGGCAUGACACCAAUCGGUCAAGCGUGGGGCAUAGGCUAUAGAGGUCUAUAUAGCGAUUUCUCGGCACCCGAUCAGAGGUUCGGUGUAAGCGAAACAGGGUGAAUCUGAUCGAGGCUCGUCUCGUCUUAUCCUUGGGUGCACUCGGGAGGAAUAUGCCGAUGUGCGAACCUGCUUCUCGAUGAGGUAUGCACACACGCAAAACUCGCAGCGGCAGAGAGGUGCCAAGCCAGCCGCGCUGUCGAACGCGUAGAUGAAUAUAAUUGACAGACCGUUGCCAAGGGGGUUUCAGGCAAGUAUGUGGGCUUCUACUUCUAACCGGCUUCAUUACUACCUACUAUGGAGAGCACGCUAUCCAGCACCUGCCUGGGACCCGUGUACUCUGGGGAGUUAAAGCCAACUACCGGCCGGGGCAGGGGAGGCAUUCGUUGUGCGUUUCUGGGCUCGGAUGGUGCAGACUCAGGGGCAGCAGAGUCCCAGCUGCUGCCCUGAUGUUAGAGGAUGGUCACCCAUAUAUUGAUACCAAUAUCGAGGGUUGCCAACAGAGGAGGCCAGACCUGACGUCGGAGGGAGGGCGGAAAUGAUAACGUUGCCUGGUCACACUAAUAUGACUGCGGCAGCCAGCAAAACGGCGAUUGCUGGUUAAGGAAUGCGAGAACGGUUGUCUAGGUGGCGGCUAGACCUGGGGAUGCUAGUGGGUAGUUUGGCGCCAGGAAGACCCCGUGUGGCAGUCAGAUGAGAAUGACGAUCGAUCAGGAGAAGGUCGCUGCAUUUGAGUGCCGCAAGUUGCCUCUGGAGGGCCGCGUGUUUGUCAGUGGCUCCAGGUGUUGGUUCUAGGAUAGCCUAGUUGGCACAUGCCGAACGAAAGCGUGCAGUCCGGACGAACCUAACGCACAGCCAAAGGGAUACAAGGGAUAAAGAAGAGACAGAAAAAAGAAAAAAUAGUAUCGCAGAUGAGGAAAAGAAGGUAAUGAAAUGAAAUCAAUUUAGCUAGCCCCCGCUGAGCAGCCUCCACGGAGACUCUCUGACGUGCCCGCGACGGUGGUUGGGCAUUUCUAUCUGGCCGCGUUGCGCCGGCUCUGGCUAUCUAGGUGCAGGGGAAAGUUAUGACCACGGGGCAACUGAGGAAAAGAAGGUAUGUAGGAAGCAGGAACGAGAUAGUCCUAUAGGAUAGGCUGUAAUAGACAACCACUUGAUCUAUCGAGGCUCCA